UCUAGAGCAAGCACAGUAAGAGGUAACCUUUGCCAAUAAAAAGCUAAAAAUAUGUGAGUUGCUAAAACCCACGGAUCAAUAACGCUUGUGGAAUAUGGCUCAUUACACAGAUAUUAAUUAUGCUAGUAUUUUGCAGGAUGUUUUCAGGAGUUGUAUUGUAUUUUCGAUACGAAGGAUAUUCGGUUAUGGAUAUUUAAACGCAAGGGAGGCUACAUGUGUACAUUUGCACUAAUUACAAACUAAUUGUCAUGUGGAGAUUGUUCUCAAGUGACUAAUCCACUUAAAUUAUCAUCUAUUUUGCCGGUGCGUAGCCUUAUUUCAAGUGCAGGAACAUCAAGUACUCGCUUGUGCUGGUAACUGAUUCAUUGUCCAUUAUGAGCAUUUCUACCAAAUCGUUAAUGUAAACUAGCUUCAUAGUUAGCUUUGGUGUGGUUGAAGGCAGAUCUAUUUUACAUGGGACGUGUAAAAACUUAGACGGUGGGAAAAGAUAUAUAGUUAAAUAUGGCCAGUGUGAUACAGGUAGUUUUAUUUGUGCUCUGUAUUAACUUUGCGUUUUCGACUAAAAGGACUGUAACCGCGCCUUAUUCGGGGACAUUUACUGGGAUUACUGAGACAGUUGCUAUACCACAGUCUUCAAGCAGCGAUGUCAGGUAUGCCAAUGUCACUAGAUUUCUCGGAGUGCCGUACGCAAAACCGCCGACUGGGAACCUUCGUUUCGAGAGGCCAGAGGCAAAAGAUGUAAUGACGUCAGAUUAUGACGCCACAAUCAACCCGCCACUCUGUCCGCAAACGGUAGGCAUGGAUUCUGCUGGAGCGGUUAAAUGGUUUAACGUCAGCGAAGAUUGCCUUUAUCUUAACAUAUUCGUCCCCGGAAAUAGUCCGGCAAACCUCUCUGUCCUCGUGUGGAUCCAUGGCGGCUCGUUUAAGUUCGGCGGCGCGUACUUCUACUCAGGCGAUAUCCUGUCUACAUUCGGAGAUAUCAUAGUUGUUGUUGUCCAAUACAGACUGAAUGUGUUCGGCUUCCUCAGUGACGGUUCACCGGGAUCAGGAAACAUGGGCCUCUGGGACCAGAGUCUUGCACUGAAGUGGGUGCAGCGAAAUAUCGCGGACUUUGGUGGGGACCCCUCCCGUAUAACCGUCAGUGGACAGUCCGCAGGUGCCGCAAGCGCCAUAUACCAGGCAAUGUUUAAACAGAAUAAAGGCAACUUACAAAGAAUAAUCGCUCAAAGUGGGACCCCUGCCUCAAAUUUAAACUUUGCACUCCAGCGCAGUCCGCAAACGGUAUUUCAAAAGUUUGCUUAUGCGACAAACUGCAAUACAGGCGACAUGGCUGCUGCUUAUGUCUGCAUCAAAGGAAAGUCAAUGAGUGAAUUGCUGUCCAUUGCCGAGAAAAUUGAAGGUCUUUUCCCAGUCGUAGACGGAACAUUCAUAGAGAAAGAUCCUCAAAAUUUUACCAAAGAGACUUCUUCAUAUUUCCGUGAUUUGGAUCUCCUUGUUGGAUCGACCAGCCUUGAUGGUUACUCACUGUUUCAGUCAAUUGGGCUACCCGGUUUGAUUAACAGUGGUAUAAACGUAGAUGAAGGCGUACCAAAAACAUUUUUUGAACGAACUUUCAUUCCAAUGUCCCUAGGAAUCAUAUCAAACAAUACCGCGUCGGCAGCCUUAAUUGCAUCUGCCAUCAGUGAGUACUCAACCUCCAGCGCCUCAGAUGAUGACCCUGUGCUUGUUCGGGGUAAAAUGAUUGAGUUCCCAACGGACAUGAUAUUCAGAGUACCGGGGUUAAUCGUCGCUAACGCCCACAGUGCCGGCGACUCCCCCGGGAGAACAUUUGCUUAUGAAUUCGACUAUACACCGUACUUCGCUGCAAUUGAAGUCCGCCCAUCCUGGGUGAAGGGGGCCAAGCAUGGCGAUGAAGUGGGAUUUGUAUUCGGGUUCGUCGACAACCUAAAGGUGUUGCUAGGCUUCCCGCCUAAUUUUGUGUCACCAGCUCCUGUUCCGGAUAAAGACAGGGCCUUGUCUGAAGCCAUGAUGACACUUUGGGCAGAGUUCGUGAAAAAGGGAGACCCAAAUCCAGCAAGUACUCAGCACGAGUGGCCCGAAUACAGUUCUUCUAGCGGAGCGUUCUUCAGUAUUAACCAGAAUACGACGACAUCAGACACUGUCCAGCAUCAUCUCGCUACACCAUCACGUGUGAACUUCUGGGAAAAGACCGUUCCCUGCUUUAUUCGACUCGGAGCAGAAGGCACUUGCGAAAAGUGCAACUGUGACGGAGGUGGCGACGGGACGGACUCGGCAGGGAACAUCAGACCCAUAUACUCCCUUAUACUUACUGUUGUUAUAAGUUGUGUGCUUUGGGUGCAAUAAUUUAAGUACAAUACUAACGGGUUCGGGAAUGCGUGCAUAGUGAUAAACUUGAAGGGUUAUGUAGUUAAUUUUGCCUAGCGAUAUUUCUGAAAACUGUUGGGUGCUGCACCAAUGGUAGUAUCUUAGAAGAACGCCGCUGUUUUAUUUAAAUCAUCUGGUUAGUUUUGAAUUUUUUUAUCGCAGGUAUGGAUUGAAAUUAUUAACCUUUGACUUAUUUUUUGUGGAAGAAAGGUCAAUGGUUUAAAAUACAAAAUACGAUUGUGAUGAUAAGAAUUGUAAACAUUCUAACCAGUUCGAUGGGUGAAAGCGGAAAGGUUCUAUAUUCUUUAUUUAAUGUCAUUUAGAACCUUUUCGCAUUCACCUGUUGAAACCGCUUAAUUCGAUCAUUUGACCAAUUAGUAUAGAUAUGGCCGGUAUUUCAUCUCAUCAGUCUAAUUUGAUAUUGUUCACUGUUUUGAAACUGUACCCCGUUCUCACGUCCAAAUCAUACUUCAGGACGCAGAGGGCUUGGACACAAUUUCAACGACGUCAUUCCGCUUACGUUCGCAUACAAUUUGGCGCGUUUUUUUUUCCUGAAAAAAUGUCCUUUUCAUGACUAUAAUAAAAAAUGUUAACAAAUAAAUUUCAGAGUAAGAUAAAAAUUACUAUUUCACCAUGUGACCACCAGAAGUAAAUAUUCAACUGUGGCUACGUCACUCGUGAACUAUUACUUUUGGUGUUCACUCGGUGGAACAUAUUGCGAUCUCACACUGACACGAUCAUCUAUCCUCUAUAUUUAGACGUGAGUGGGUUUUUUUGCGACAACCUAUUAACACUUAUGUUCAUGUACAAAGUUGUAGAACGCUCAGGGCUAAGUAAUGCGAAAGUGAUAUGUUUAGCGGUAUGCUCAAACGUCAAAACUUACCUAAAAAACAAACGGGUCUCGAGAUCGAAACUAGCAUAAUAUAAUUUAUAUAACCCUCAUUGAGGUGUAAAGUGCAGAAGUUCUAGACGGCACUCCGGUCAUAGAAAACACUACACAUAAACUGACUAUAUACUCUUAACCACUGUUAAGAUAAACGUACAUUUUUUCCGUUGCAAUAUUAAGACCUUUUUGUUUUGUUUCGAAAAAACCCCUACAUGCUUCAUUCGUGUGUUUUAAGAAAAUGACCACGACCUUUGACCUACUUUCUUCGGGGCCAGAAGGUAAUAAAGUCAAAGUCACGCCCAAUCGGUUUCCUCAAUAAAGUUAUUUACUUACUGCCAUGCAUAUUCAGUGGUAUGUUUCCCUUGACCAGUACUCAGUGCCAGUAGAUGACAUUAUUUUCAGUUGUAGUAGGCCACAAUUACUCAAGAACUGCUUCACCUUUGACCUGGAAACAUCAAAGUUGUAUUGAACUUGACCGAUAAAUGCCCAUACUAAUUUGGGGUCACUAUGUAAAAUACAAGUAACUGUGCGCGAAAACGAUUUCUGAAAAGUUUGACCGUGGCUUUGAUCUUGCAUCCACUGACAACCGAAUGAAAUAAGAGUCGUCUACUUGCUAUACCAUUAUGAACUCAUUUUUUAUCUGUUGCUGUUAAUGUAUCGUAACGUUGUUUUCGUAUGAUGCUUCAUACCAGGCUUACAAACAAAAGGACAUAACGGGGAACUUAUUGACUUAUUGAAAAAAUGUCCGAAAUAAUCUGUAUCACAAUCCGAUUGUUCGUACCAAACGGGCUUACAUGCAACAAACAAUUACGGGACACUGUUAGGUUGAAAUGCAAUGAAAUAAUCUUAACAAAGGUCGAACGAGUGAUCUAUUCGACAGCCGGAGUUCCUCACAAGAAAUAUCAAAGCAAUGAUGGUGCUGAAUGGCUUGAGCGAUGAUUCAUUCUAUUGAAAUUCAAAUUAAUUCACAUGAAUGUAAACAUGACACUAGAGCAGUGCAGUAGGGAUGAAACUGCAUUGAAUUAAUUAUGUAUUGUAUACCUGAGUUACCGCCCCUGUAGUAAUUUGUAUCUUAUAUAUCUUAUUAUGCAAUAAAGUUCCAAUGAGGUCAACACCAGAACUGCCAGGAUUUCCAGUUUAUAAGAGUUUUCCUUUCAUAUGCUUUUUUAUAUGUGUGUUUACUGUUAAUAUAUGCAAACUACUACUUAUUCUUACUUAUAAAUAAACAUAAAUAACUUA